GUUCCUCUCUUCCUGAUUCUAUGAAACAAUAUGAUAACUCUUUUGCAUAACUUACAUUUCGCACCCCACGUUUGUUUAAAUUACAAAAUCUCCCCUUUUCCCAGAGCAUCUUCUUUAUCAAACGUUCGCCUUCCCACCAAGAACAAUCAAAUCUCCUGCAACAAUUUGAGAAUGGAUUCGUCUGAGAAAAACUCAGCUUGCGCACAGCAGAGGAUCGUGAUUCCGAACAGCCACAACGAGAAGCUCGUGGGUCUGCUUCACGAAACAGGGUCAAGAGAAAUCGUGGUAUUGUGCCAUGGAUUUCGAUCCAACAAGAAUAACCAAAUCAUGAACAAUGUGGCUGCUGCUAUAGAGAAAGAAGGGAUCAGUGCUUUCCGUUUUGAUUUCUCCGGGAAUGGAGAGAGUGAAGGCAGUUUCUAUUAUGGUAACUAUAACCACGAAGCCGAUGAUCUACGUUCUGUUAUCCAAUACUUCUCUAGCAUGAACCGUGUGGUUCCUAUUAUUCUCGGGCACAGUAAAGGAGGUGAUGUUGUCCUCCUCUAUGCCUCAAAGUAUAACGAUAUCCGCAAUGUAAUCAAUCUCUCGGGACGUUAUGAUCUGAAAAAGGGCAUAGGAGAGCGUCUUGGGGAAGAUUUUUGGGAAAGCAUUAAGCAACAAGGAUUCAUAGAUGUUAAAGAUGGAAAAUCAGGGUACCGUGUGACCGAGGAGAGUUUAACAGAAAGGUUAAACACUGAUAUGCACGAAGCUUGCCUCAAGAUCGACAAAGAUUGCAGGGUUUUGACGGUUCAUGGAUCGGAUGAUGAGGUAAUAACAGUGGAAGAUGCGAAGGAGUUUGCGAAGAUCAUACCGAACCACAAGCUGGAGAUUGUGGAAGGAGCUGAUCAUUGCUAUACCAAACACCAAAGUCAGUUGGUUUCAACAGUUAUGGAGUUCAUAAAGACAGUGAUGGUAAAGAACAACUAGUCUUUUUUUUUUCUUGGAGAAAUGUUCAGACUUCAGAUACAUUUUACAUACUCACAUCUUCUACGCUUAAACCCACUUCUGGUUUGUGUUUUUGGAAGCACCAUAACAACACAUGACAUGAUGUAGCAAGCUGCUUUAACAUUAACAACGAAGAUAGUAAAACAUCCACAGUUCCUACAUGGGUCUGUCACUUGUAGACUUGUAGUCUUGGGAGAGAAAAUUCAAAUUAUUUGGAUCAUAAACGUAUCUUGGUCAUCCAGAUUUACUAAACCUCAUAUUGAUCAGUAAUAAUCACCCAAGGAAGAGAAAGCAUAAAAACACGAAAAUUCAAAUAAAUGGAACAUGAUUGGAUUAGCAAUAAUAAAGCUGGUAACAUAACAUUCAUACAUUGUCUGCAAAUAACCCAAGCAUUCAUUAACAAUAUUGUGCAAGCAUAAGGAUAUGUUUAAUAGAGGAAAAAAAAAACACCACUAAUUAUACCGGCCACACUUUAAGCCUCUUAAUUAAGUUGCAAAGUUUGUAGAGAAAACCAUAAUAGCGUUUAAUCUCUGGCUGUUCUUCUGGUUUUAAAAAAUCUCUCUCUGGUAAAGAUUAACUCCUUCAUGGCUUCACUCGUUGGCAACCGCCAACCGAUUCGUCGCAGAUUCAUCACAACACCUAAGUCCCACAUCCAAAACCAGUGUUUGUGAAGAGAGGGACAAAGUUCAUGGUGACAGAUGACCUGAUCAUUACUCCUUCGAACUCAGCCUCAAUCUUGGGAAUGCUGAAGGAUAAAGAGAUCCGAUUAGAGGAUGUCGAGUUUCGAGUGAUCAGUAUGAAAAAAAGAAGAGGUCAUCAGACUAUUGGGAGCUUCAUUGGUGACAUUUUCUGCCUUAAAUGCUGGUCUUCUAGCUAUGGUAUCAGCUUCAACAAGUGCUCCUGGAAGCCUUUUUUAAUAAGAAGCCGAUGAUUGAGACUUGAGGAGCGAUGUUUAACCCGAAACUUCAAGUUCUUGCUAAAGUUGUCAACCUUUUGAUUAGCAUCUGAUUGUUUGAGUUGCUAUAGUAGUUUCUUGGACAUCUCUACUUUGUCUAAUCUUUUCAAAUUUUAGCUACUAGC